CGGACGAUGGUCAUCGGUGACGUCCAUGGCUGCCACCGAGAGCUGCAGCAGAUGCUCGCCCGGCUCUCGCCCGGGCCGAGUGACAGGGUCGUCUUCGUCGGCGACGUGAUCUCCAAAGGUCCCGACCCAGUUGCGUCGCUGCGGCUUGCGCGCAACACUGUGGCUGCAGCCGCAGCGGGCAGCGAGAUACUCGUCGGCAACCACGAGCGUAACCUGCUCACGUGGCUGAAACAGCGAGAUCAGGGCGUGCCCGCUGGAAAACGCUCUGGCUCUGGCGAGGGCAACAGAAUGACGGGCGAGCAGCUGACGCGCGGCGAGGUGGAGUGGCUGCGCGGCCGGCCCGACCGAUUGGCGCUGCCGGAGCAUAACGCCAUCGUCGCGCACGCAGGGCUGCGCGCGGGCGUCCCGCUCGCACAGCAGCAGCAUGCCGACCUGACGGCGAUGCGGAGCCUCGAUGCCGCCGGCCUGCCUUCGCCAACGGCCGGGGCCGUCUCGUGGGCGGCGAGCUGGCGCGGGCCGACGCACGUCAUCUUUGGGCACGACUCGCGCCGCCGGCUGCAGCUCCACCCCUUCGCCACCGGCAUCGACACGGGGUGCGUGUACGGAGGCCAGCUCACGGCGCUCGUCCUGCCA